AUGUCGAGAAUCACCUCACUACUAAUGGGAUUUUGUGGAGUAGAGCUCACAGUACAGAAAUUUAUUGAGAAAACCCUCUCAACCUUUCCCGUUUCAGCAUUAAUGAUUGCAAAGAAAUAUAGGCUUGAGUGCAAUGCUAGACAGAUCACGAGAUUUCAUCAGCUUAUCAUUGCUAGGUCAGCUGCUGAGAAACAUGACAAUAUACUCGUGAAAAACUAUAAUUCAAGGCUCGUUGGAAAUAAGAGAGUUCAUGAGGUGAAUUAUAACAGCGCACCUAAAGGAGGGCACAAGGAGGGGAAACCUAAAUUUAAGGCACAACAAAAUAGACGUGUGGGUCCAUACAACCGCCCUACAAAGGAAGGAAACUGCCAUAUUGAUGUGCGGACACGUGGCAACGUUGACCAUCGUGGAGAGGCAUCAACAUCCCUAAGGGACAUUUAA